GUGAAAAGGUGCUAGCUAGCUUUUGGCUGAAUUCACCCUGUUCUUGAUUGUUUUUUCCCUUCGGCUCAAGCACACAGAGGACGGGAUUAGCUUAAGCUUGAAACAUCGUUGCUUUGACUAGCUCGCUUCUGCAGGAUGCCACACAAGAUCGGUUUUAUAGUUGUUAGUUCAUCAGGACAUGAAGAUGGCUUCAGCGCAAAAGAGCUGAUGGUUCACGCACCGACAGUGAAUGGAUGGCGAUCACCCAGACUCUGUCAGUAUCCACAGGAAAUUGUUCUGCAGUUGGUGGAGAGGUGUCGAAUACGAAAACUGCAGUUGCUUGCUCACCAGUACAUGAUUUCAAGCAAAGUUGAGUUCUACAUCAGUGAAAGCUUGCCUGAAUACUUUGCUCCUUAUCAGUCAGAGAGGUUUCACAGACUAGGUUACGUCCCUCUCUCGGACAAUGAAAAGACUGAUUUCAAAGCACGAGAGUUAAAAUCUGUGUAUAUGGAUGCAGUUGGCCAGUACCUGAAGCUGAUUUUCCAUAAAAAUUAUGUCAAUAAAUACAACUUAUACGGUCAGGUUGCCCUAGUAGCUAUAAACAUUAUUGGAGAUCCAGCAGACUACAGUAAUGACAGCAAUAAUACUCCUUCCAGAGAGAAGCUGAUAGACCACUACUUAGGAAUUAAAUCCGACGAUCCUGCCUUAGAUGGAACUUACCUUGGGAAACCUGACUCCAUUUCACCUCUGGAUGAUUUGGCUUUUGACAUGUACCAGGAUCCAGAAGUUGCUCAGAUAAUACGUAGACUGGAUGAGAAGAAGCGCGAAGCUGUCCAUCAUGAACGCUACGAUUACGCCAAGAAACUCAAACAAGCUAUAGCAGACUUGCAAAAGGUAGGGGAACGACUUGGACGGUAUGAGGUAGAGAAACGCUAUGCUGUAGAGAAAGAGGAUUAUGAUCUUGCAAAAAAGAAGAAACAGCAAAUGGAAGCGUACCGCCUGAAGGUGUAUCAACAACUGGAGCUCCACGACCUUCUGGAUGCAGAGCUGAUGAUUCGAAAACCACCUGAAUUGCCUUUGGAGUCUACAAUUUAUACUGACAAUUCUCAGCGCACAAAAGCUACAAAUUCACCUCCUUGUGAGCACACAGCACUGCAAAAAGGAGAGCCAUGGAAAGCAGAGCCUUUGCUGGAAGAGAAUUCAGCAGAUCCCACUUCUGCUGAGCCCGUUGUGCCCCAUCAGUCCCCUCUGCCUCCUGUGACUCAUCCCACAACCUCCAGGGAAGUGUUUCCCAAAGAAAAUGUUGAAUUUUUACCUUAUGAUGAGAGACCUCUUCCAGCUAUCUGUAAACAGUCUGAUGAAGCAAUUGCAUACCUUGAGCCAGAGAUGACUGAAGAGUAUAUCAACGAUACUCCGAGAAGUGGCAUUACUGGGGAACCAGAACCAUUAACUGAGAAGGCACUGAGGGAGGCCAGCCCUGCUAUUGAAGUUUUUGGAGAAGCUUUGGUUUCAGGAGCAUAUUCCAAAACUUGGUCGUAUCGAGAAGAUGCGUUACUGGCUGUAUAUAAGAAGCUGAUGGAAGUGUCAGUAAACACUCCAAAGGAUGAUUUAAAGAACAUGCUGAGGGCUGCCAUUUUUCUUGUAAGGAGAGCCAUCAAAGACAUAGUGUCUUCAGUUUUUCAGGCUUCCCUGAAACUUUUAAAAAUGAUCGUUACCCAAUAUAUACCAAAACAUAAACUAGGAAGACUAGAAACUUCUCAUUGUGUGGAAAAAACGCUUCCAAAUUUGCUGUCUAGAACAGGAGACUCUUCAUCCCGUCUUCGCCUCGUGGCUUCUAACUUUAUUCAGGAAAUGGCACUGAGUAGUGAAGUUAAACCUCUUCAGAUUGUUCCCGUUCAUUUGGUUCAACCAUUAAAACCGAACUCCCCAACACACUUGGCAAUGAGUCAAGUGGAAUUAGUGGAAUGCCUCCUGAAAGACAUGGGAACUGAAAACUCUGGGUUUACCAUCGGCAAUGUCAUGAAGUUUGCAACAGGAGCUUUGGAACACAGAGUUUAUGAAGUUCGUGAUGUAGCGUUGCGGAUUAUCUUUGAUAUGUACAGGAAGCACAGGGCUGCUAUACUGGAAUACCUUCCUCCAGAUGAUGCAAGCGUUCGCAAGACUGUUCUCUAUAAAACACUCUUUGACGGAUUUAGUAAAAUAGAUGGUAAACUUUCUGAAGCUGAAAUUAGGGCACAGAGAAAGGCAGUAACAGAAGAAGCAGAGAAACAGAAGAAGGAAGAAAUAAAAGUUCUGCAAGGUCAGCUGGCAGCUCUAAAGGAGAUAAAAGCAGAAGUUCAAGCUGGAAAGGAGAAAGAAUCUGAUUUUCAGAAGCCAAAGCAUCAAGGUUACCAGAUAAAUGAAAGCCCACAGCCUGCAGCAGCAGAGAUUCCAGAUGAUCAUUCCUCUGUUGCAAAUUACUUGGAUAACUUAUGCAUUUUUUGUGGUGAAAGGGAUGAAUCCUUCACGGAGGAGGGAUUGGAUCUCCAUUAUUGGAAACACUGCCCUAUGUUAACCAGAUGUGAGCACUGCAAACAGGUGGUGGAAAUAGCAAGCCUGACAGAGCACUUGUUGACGGACUGUGAUAAAAAGGACAGCUUUGGGAAAUGUCAACGAUGCAGUGAGGCCCUUCCAAAAGAUGAGUUGCCCAAACACAUUAAGAGCAAGACUUGCAAUUCUGCCAAACCAGAAAACGUGGCAAACCAUUGCCCGUUGUGCCAUGACAACUUUCCCCCGGGAGAGGAGGCCUGGAAAUCUCACCUAAUGGGCAAAGAUGGCUGUAAAAUGAAUCAACGGAGGUUAUCCAUGAUAAAUAAAACUCUUCUGGUGCAGCCUGGCAAAAUAGGUGGCCAGUAUUUAAGGAAACCAGGUCCUUCAGGAGCAAAAGCUCGACCUCCCUCUAUAGGAAGCAAGAUCCCAACCCCAAGAGGGGGCCCAAAUAAAAGCACUGGCAAAACGUACUCAAAGCGAUGACAGGACAAUGGUAAAAUAAACACUGGUGUGAAAAACACAGUGGAGUUUGUUCCUGUGCCAUGAAGUCUCCAGCAAAAUACUCCAGAGCAAAACUGUUGCACAGGUGCAGGGUCUGGCUAACAGAAGGAAGUUCUCCAAACUGUUGGGCUGGAAAUCUUAAACCAGCAAUCACGGUGCAUCAUUGUUAAAGGACGAACAGACUGUCAUCCCUGUCUCAUGGGCUUUUUUCUAUCCCAUCUCUUUCUCCGUACUGUACCUGAAUGUCAACCAAGUUGUUUUCGUCCAUCUGAACUGCAGAGACGACUCAAGAGCAGCCAGCGUCCCUGCGUGCAGGAAUUUGUCUGAUCUCAAGCGACUGCUUGGAGUUCCACCGCGCCAAGAGAGCAUUUAUAUAGAUUAUGCGGUUCCCAAGUACUGGAUAAGCAGAUAAGGUAUUUAAAUCCUAGAGACGUUAUCGCUAUCACUUCAAGAGAAAAAGUCACUUAUGUUAAACAUGUGAGUUACUUUCAUCGCACUUAUUUAAUAAAUUUG